AUGUGUAUUCCCUUUCCUACAGGAACCCUCGUAAUAAGAAAUCAACGUUGCUCCUGCAUCAACACUCGGCGAGGCACGAUCCACCACAGAUCCUUAGUAGACCUCAAACAAUUUGCCCCAAGCCCUAAUUGCAACAAGACUGAAAUCAUUGCUACACUGAAGAACGGAGUUCAAACCUGUCUGAACCCAGAUUCCGCAAACGUGAAGAAGCUGAUGAAAGAAUGGGAGAAGCAGGUCAGCCAAAAGAAAAAGCAAAGGAGGGGGAAGAAAACCCAGAAGAACAAGAAACCCAGAAAAGCUAAAAAACCCCAAGGCUCUCGUUCAAAGAAGACUCCUUAAGAGACCACUUUACCAACAAGCGCUCUUCGUUGAAAUUGUUUUUAGAUCAUACUGAAAUGCCUUCGUUGGGGAGCGGGCAUUAAUACAUAAGCUCAUUAACUUGGCUAGAAAAUAUAAAGCAUGAUUUUGAAAGUAUAACUAACACUAGAAAGUUAAUCGUAAAAUCCAAAUAGUAAGGAUUGCUAGGGGCAAAAACUGUCUUUGUGCUAAUCAGCCAACAAAAUUUCAUCGAGCUCUUGAGCAC